CCGACUUCCUCCGGAACGUCAAGAGUCCCGCAGUCCCUCAGCGGAGGGAGUGGGCAUAGAGCGCUCCGCUAAGGGCUUCGGAGGAGAGGCGGGAAGUUGGGGCGUCCGGCUCUGAGAAGAGAGUCAGACACUGGCUGGGGUGUUGGAGUAAGGGCGUCAUGUUUACGCAGCGAUUGAGCUUCUGCAGCGGCCUGUAAUUGCCGGCCUUGUUGUGGUAUCUGCCCCUUGUGAAGAGCUGCAGAAAAUGACCAAGUCUCAGGGAUUCGUGUCAUUCAAGGAUGUGACUGUGGACUUCACUCAGGAGGAGUGGCAGCAGCUGGACUCUGCUCAAAGAAACCUAUACAGGGAUGUGAUGCUGGAGAACUAUAGCAACCUUGUUUCAGUGGCAGGGUAUCAAUCUGUGAAGUCAAAUGUAAUCUUGUUGAAGCCAGGAGAACCAUGCAUGGAGGAGAGAGGAAUCUCAAGUUGGCCCUAUCCAGACUGUGAAGUUAGACCCAAAAGUAAAGAAUUAACUCCACAAAAGAGUAUUUCUGAAGAGAUACUUUAUAAUAUGAUAGAAUACUCAAUUUUUGAAGACUUGAAACUUGAAGAUGAACUAAAUCAUCAGGAAAACCAAGACAAGAUUUUGAACCAAGUUGUAUUUAACCGUAAGUCACUGACUGAGGAGAUAGACCAUGAAUAUAAUGUAUUGGGGAAAGUAAUUCCUGUGAACAGAGCAGCUAAUGAGCAUAUGAGCACCCUGGUGCAGAAGUCACACCUCUUUGCACAACCUAGAAUUCUUACCAGAAAGAAACCAUAUAAAUGUAUACAGUGUGGGAAAGCCUUCAGUGGAAAGUCAGGACUCAUUAUACAUCAGAGAAUUCAUACUGGGGAGAAACCAUACAAAUGUAAUGAAUGUGAAAAAGCCUUUAUCCAGAAACCACAACUUACUGUACAUCAGAGAACACAUACAGGAGAGAAGCCCUAUGAAUGUAGUCAGUGUGGGAAAGCAUUCAUCCAGAAGGCAAGCCUCAUUAUUCAUCAGAGGAUUCACACAGGGGAGAAACCAUAUGAAUGCAGUGACUGUGGGAAAGCUUUUGUCAAGAAGUCAACCCUUAGUGUGCAUGAAAGAGCUCAUACUGGGAAGAAACCAAAUGAAUGCAACGAAUGUGGGAAAGCCUUCGUUUUGCGUUCUCAGCUCAUUGUACAUCAAAUAAUCCAUACUGGAGAGAAACCGUAUGGAUGUAAUGAGUGUGGAAAAGCCUUCAAAAAGAAGUCAGGACUAAAUGUUCAUCACAGAAUUCAUACUGGGGAGAAACCUUUUGAAUGUAAUGAAUGUAAAAAAGCCUUUAUCCAGAAGUCAGAUCUCAUCAUACAUCAGAGAAUUCACACCGGAGACAAACGAUAUCAAUGCAGUGUAUGUGGGAAAGCCUUCAUUCGGAAUUCACACUUCAUUCAACAUCAGAAAAUUCAUACUGGGGAGAAACCCCAUGAAUGUAGUGAAUGCAGAAAAGCUUUUAUCCAGAAAUCACAACUUAUUGUGCAUCAAAGAAUACAUACUGGGAACAAGCCAUAUGAAUGCAGUGAGUGUGGAAAAGCCUUUAGGAAGAAGUCACACCUCACUCGACAUCAUAAAACACAUACUGGAGAAAAACCCUAUGAAUGCAAUGAUUGUAGAAAAGCCUUCAGCAAAAAAUCUACUCUUAUAGUUCAUCAGAGAAUUCAUGUUGAACAGAAAUUCUUUUAAUGGAAUGAGAAAACCUUGAGUCAGUGAUCAAAACGUCAAUAUACAUCAUAGAAUUCAUAGCUAGAAACUCUAUGAGUGUACUAAACAUGAGAUGCCUUUAACAAUAGCUCCAGAACUAUCAAGCACCAGAAAAUUUAUACUGAGAAGUAACACAAAGUCAAUGAAUUUGAAAAAUGUUUCAAAAAAAAAAAAAAAAAACCCAA